CAGGAAAAUUUGCUUCCUUUCCUGCUGCUUUCUCUGGCUCAUCCACUUCUCUGCACAAUGACAGGAAAGGACCUUCCCCUUCUCUUCCUCCACUUAUUCCGUUAUGGCUUUGUGCAUUCCAGUGCUCAGAGCAUCGUGGGAGCCUCAGGGGCAACGCUUCAUUCCAGGCAACCCCCAGUACUUACUCAGGCAAAUAACAAUGAGAUGCUUGCAUCUACUGAUUUUGCUGUUGGCGUUUGAUAACUUGGUAUCCACAAUUCCUGCUACUACUCAGUGCCCAGAAAACUGCACCUGUCUCCCUCUCCAACAACACGUCCUUUGUGGCAAUGCCAGCCUGACAUCAGUGCCCUCUAAUGUGCCAAACAAUACAGUGGAACUCCACCUGCAAAACAACCUCUUCUCCGAGCUCCAUGACAGUUUCCUACAGGAUUUGCCUGAACUCAGGGGCCUUUACCUGAGCAACUGUGAAAUCGACACCAUUAAACCUGAGGCGUUCCAAAAGGUGACCAGUAUCAAGUACCUGCACCUGGACAGGAACCACCUAGGGGACCUUCAGGAAGGCACAUUCCGCAAUCUGAGCAGCCUGAUUUACCUACACUUGGAGAGCAACCAGAUCACUUCCAUUCGUGAAGGUUUGUUUGCUCCCCUGGAGAAGCUCAGCGCUCUGUAUCUGAGUAACAACUUGCUGCAGGAGCUCACUGAUGGCUCUCUCAAUGGUUUAACCCAGUUACGCUGGUUGGAUCUGGGUUUCAAUAUGCUCUCCAAAAUAUCCAAUCAGUCCUUUACUGCUAUUGCCAACCUGCGGAAGCUCAACUUGGAAAGAAACAACUUGACCAGCAUUCCCUCGGCAAUCCGACGUAGGACUGGCCUGCAGAUGCUGCGACUGAGCGGGAACAGUAUAAAGAAACUCUCUUCAUCCUCGUUUGGCCGCAGCCUGAGGUUCAUCACAGAACUCUACUUGGACAGUUUGAGGCUGGAGAAAGUGACCAGCAUGACCUUCAGCAAGCUGCGGAUGUUGAAAGUUCUUGACCUGAGCAACAACUCUCUGCAGUCUCUGUCUGUGUACAAUGUGAAAAUUUUUACAAAGAUCUACCUUACGGGCAACCCUUGGAGAUGCGACUGCUCCCUCAUUGGGCUCCACACACGGCUGCAACAGACCAAAAACCUGGAUGCAGAACAACAGGCCCACUGUGACGCUCCAAAGGCAUUAAAGGGCCAAAGCCUAAUCAAUGUUAAUCUCUUAAAACUGACCUGCCCAGCUACGGGGGAAGACAUAUCUGUCACAGCUUCAACUCCAUCUUUACUAGGAUCAAGCCAAUUUGCAAACACAUCCAUCCGUUCAGUUGUGGAGACCAUGAAACCUACUACACAUGCCUACAAGACCUCACCGCAAGCUAUGUCCCACAGCACUGCUGGAAACAAUAAGAUAGAAGCUGAGGAGCAGGACCCAUGCCUCGCUAAGCACAUCUCCAAUGUUGUGGUAAGGCCUGUUGAGAAGGAAUCUCUGGAUGUGUCAUGGUCUAUACAUGGGGAUUACAAGCAGUUUGAGAUCCGGUACAGUACUGAAGAAGAGAAGUCUUCUUUGAACAUCAUUGGGGACCUUCCAAACAUUCGCCUAUACCACCUAAACCCUGGAAGCAGCUACAGAGUAUGUAUCGUACCUCAAAAUGUGGAUAUUGUUAAAUGCCAGCUGGCAAAGACCCGACAGUGUGCAGAUGGCCAAACAGCUGAUGUUCCAGAACAAGCCUAUCAUGUUUAUUCUCCUCCUAAAUCGACUUCCCCUAUAGUUACAGUUGGAGUGUCAGUAGGUCUGAUAGUGCUGGUAGCGGCUACCAUCUUUGCUGUGUAUAUGCUGCGCUCCCACAAAAUCCAGUUUCAACGAUAUUAUAAUGAAGAUGGGGCAGAGGGCAGCCGGAAACAGGAGACAGACCCCUACAAGUGGGAUGGUGUGUAUGAGAACAUUGAUGAUGAUAGGCAUGUGUAUGUCACUGCAGCCAGCCUUUGGGGAAUGGAUAAUGAGAUACUUGACUGUGCUUUGGCUGAACCAAACUCCCUUUCUUCUGUCCCAAAAUAUCAGACACUUUAAAUAUACUGACUAAAUGGAGCCAAUAUAAUAGGUAAAAAGAUAGAAACCGCUGUUUUUCAGGUUUUUCUAAGCGUAUCUAUGUGGGUCAGGGGUAAAUAGGUGCCAUGAAACAAUGUUCUUCUAAAUAAGCUUUCCAUACCUAUUACAGCUUUACUAAACACAAGUCUGCCUUGUACCUACUGAAAAAUGGCUCGCUCACUCACCAGGAGUAGAGAAGAGAUGAAUUAACAGUUCCCAUGCCCCCAGAGCUGGGGCAUAACAAAGGUACUGCCAUUUGUACAGUAGGCACUUGCUAAGCACUCCAUUCACCAUUCUAAUGUGGCACAGAGUGGCCUCUUACACUGCAAUCUCCUCGAGAGGGAACUUUGGGCUACUUUGCAAACAUGCCAAGCAUCUUAUGUUUUUCCAACAGCGAUUUACAUUAUUGGAAGCAGGAAAGCAUUUGCAGAUUAGUCGGAUGAGUAAGAGGGGAUUUAUCACAGGGAAGUAUUCUCCUGAUGUCAUUGCCCUAUAGAUAUGAUCACAUAAGGACUUUAAUAGCGGUCACCCAGUCUAAUGAUCCUCUUUAACCCCAGCAGAUCUCUCAUAAAAUCACAGAAGUGCAAUAACUUGAAUAAGUAAAAGUCCUUUGUAUUGCCAUGGCACAUCAUAAUCAAUAAAAUCCAUUUCCAGGGUAACAUUCACAGAUUGUAUAAUUUCUGGUCAAUUCGCACUGCUGUUUGUAUAACACUUUCUCUAACGUGUCUGUUCCCUUUGGCAGAGCAGUUGUCUGUAUAUUGCGUUGUCACAUUGGUGUAUAUAUGGAGGGAAAUUUGUGCCAGGGCUGGGCUUAAAAACAAUGCCAAGCUAUUUCAUAGCAUAUACACAGAUAUGUAUGAUGGAAACAUUUAAAGUUCUGAGUGCAAAUAA